AUGCUGCAAAUUUACACAGCAACGCAACUACUAGCUCCCACCUCAAGAGACAUAUACGAUGAGGUGGUCGAGGUCAUAAGUCUUUCCUUCGCCAAGGACCCCGGCACCAGAUGGCUAUUUCAACACCUCACAGAGGAACAAUACAUGACCGCCGUUCCACACUACUUCCAGUUCCUCCUGCAAGCAGCUCUACAAGUAGGCGCGUUCGUCGUCGUGAGCAGAGAAGAUGCACCGGGGCAGUCGUCAACGACGCCAACCUCCAGCAACCACCACAGCAAGAUCCAGGCCGUUGCGGUCGUGAUCCCACCCAGCGGCAACGCCGGGAUGAACUCGAGCAUGAACGCCCUACGCGCCGGCUUCUUCGGACUCGUAUGGCACUGUGGAGUCCGCAUGAUCUGGACACUGCUGACGCAGCUCCUGCCCGCGAUGGAAGCGCUGGAGAAGCGUCUGCAUCCCAACGGUGCAGAGCGCCACCACCAUUUCACGCUGCUGGCGCUGGCGGCCCGCCCGGAGAUGCAGGGCAAGGGUCUCGGGAAGACGCUGUUGAUCGAGUUGCAGCGGAUUGUGUCUGAAGCUGCGGGAAAGACGGUGUUUGGGCAGGCUGCGGCCGAGGUGGACAGUGGAAAGGAGCGUCAAGCCGCCGGGAGCAGUCGUGGUCCCGCGCCGCUUUACCUGGAAGCGAGUACGCCUUCGAGUAAGCGCUUGUAUGAACGCGUUGGGUUUGUCGCACGCGAUACGCUGGUCUAUGGGACACUGGAUGAGCAGGCUGGGAAAGACCUGGUUAUUAAAGAGGAUGGAGAGGUGGUUGGAGGGCGGAUGUUUGCUAUGUUUUGGUCACCUCCUUGA